CGACUCACCUGGAGCCAAUCCUUAAAAAGGAUCCCGCCCACCCGCGACCAAUCAUGGGUCGAGAACCGUUACCUGUGAGGGGGGGAGUAGGAGCGGUUCAACCAAUCCAAAGCUAGCGAGGGGGCGGUAGGGGAACACCUGCAUCCAAUGGGAGGAGCAAGCGCCGAGCGCGCCGGCUGAGGGGGCAGGUGCGGAGGGCAGGGACGGGCCGCCCCCCCCCUUUGCCCUCAAGGAGCCGCUGCCGUCCUUUGCCAGGGGCUUUCGGCGCUUUGUGGUACCGGCGCAGCGGGUAGAGGCCCCAAGCUUGAGAGGAGAGGAGGGGCAGGCGCGGCCGGUACCGCGCUGUGGGGGCAGCGAGCUGGCGCCUCCACCCUCCUCGGAGCGCGCUGGAGAGGCAAUGGCAGGGCAUUACACUUUUAUCUUCUAUUAAACCAUCCUCUGCUUAAUAAAAAGUUGUAAUAUUGCUGUCCAGUACACCAAGAUUUGAAGAGCUGACAGGCUCCUACAGGUUAGGGGGAACCAUUUUCACUUCAAGCUGAACUUCAGCAUAACCAAGAGACAGAAACAAAUUUCAUCUUGUCAUCUUCAUUCAUCCUGCUUAAAAUCUGCCAAAGUGGGGUGCCUAGCUGACUGAAUGGCAACAUGGUCAUGUAUACUGACACUGCUCUGGAAGUCAUUCCCAAGUCUAAAGCUGCAGAAGACAGAUUUUUAUUCACACUCUGAUUCUGUACACAUCUCAUUUCAGGACCAUUGCAUUCUACGAAUGUGAAGUGAUCUGGGGGAGAAGCAUCAAUCAACUUGGACAGCACAUCUUUAAAGGGCUUGUCAGGAAAGUGAGCUUGCUCAUUUUGAAAGAACUAUCAGUAUGGAAGAUAAUGAGAUCAGUUAUAGUAAGGAAGAGGAGCAAAAAUCUCUUCUACCAUUUCUGGAAGAGGAAGAAAAAGACAAAGCUGGUCGGUUCUCUAAUGUGGAAGAACACUGGGAAGAAUACAAGCUUGAAGAAGAGCUGGCUGCUGGUGGCAAGGUGGCAAACAAGGAUGUUUCUGAAGGAGUUGGAGACAAAUCUGAUUUUAGCAUAACAUCAGGAGCUGCUGGAAAAAGAGAAGUUUGUCUACUGAAGAGUAUCAGUGUUGGACUGAAAAACUUGGAACACUGUUUGGGCGAUGUUAAUAAUAUUCAGGCUAUGAAGUAUACAGAUAGAAUUUGCAUAUUAACCUUACAGAGGAACCUAAAAGAGCUCAGUGACCUAGCCAAAGAAAAGGAACUUGCAGUCCAAAAGGCCAGAGACAAGCUGAGUACCUGUCAGCUGCGGAUCAAGAUGCUAGCAAAGCAGCUGGAUUAUGUAGACAUUGAAAUGGAGAAAGAGGAGGAGGCUGGCAAUGUUGCAGCUUUGUCCCGCCUUCAGGCAGUGCACAGACGACUGUGCACUGAACUGGAGAAGGAGAAGGAUUUUGAGUUGACAAUUGCUUUGGCACUAGAAGACAACAUGCUUGAGAUGUGGCAUAUAGAAACUGAGCAGGGAAAAUAUGAAAUCCUCCAUGAACAACUUGAAAAGGCUGAGGAGGAGCUAGAGAUGCAAUACCAAGAACGAGCAGAAGUGCGGAUUUGGAAGGAAAAAAUAGCAGCACUGCAAGCAGAAGAAAAUCGUCGGGCUAGAGAAAAAAAAGAGGAGGAAGCCCAUAAAGAAUAUGAAGAAAUGCAUAAAAAAAUACUUGAAGAUGCCAAAAGGAACCAUGAAAAAGCAGUCUCGUUCCUGAGAAAAAGCAUAGCAAGAAUUCAUGAAAAAAAUGCAAAGGAAGAAGUGAAAACUCAGGAGCAUAUGGAGAGAAGGAUACAAGCUGUGCUUUCCCUGAAAAACAGCAUAACUUCCAAUAGGGAAAAACUCCAAGCUCUCCAGGCUUGGAAAAAAGCAAUGGCCUUUGAGGCAAAGAAGCAGGAGAUGAAAAUCAGGGAAGCUAUCCUAGCAGAAGGAGGCAAUGUUGCCAAGGAAAUUUUUCUCCAUAAGCGACUGCUAGAGCAUGAAAAAGAGAAACAAGCUGCUAGAGAACAGCAAAAAUCAAGAAAAAUUGAGAUUGUAUCGCGAAUUUUGAAAGAAAAAGCUGCUAUUCACAAGCAGAAAAAAAGUCAGCCCUGUACUAAGUCAAUUAAGGGUGGUGGUAAACUUGAGGGGUCUUUCCGGUGGAGAAUGAAAACAUGGCAGUAUAUUGAGAAGACCUGCAAACAUUCAGCUGGAGCAAUAUCACAGUCAUGGUGCUCUUCAUCAGCUGGUUCUUCAGCUAGUGAGACAACUGCUUCUGUAGGAGAGAUUUCUGAAAAAAUACCCCACGAUGUGCUCUGUGAAAGUGAUGAAGAUGGGAAAGAGGGAUAUGAGACCCUAAUAGAACCAGAGUUCCCAGGACUUUGGAGUCAGGAAUGUGACUUGCACAAGGUAUCCAGAGAAGAAAUGGAUCCAAAAGUGAAAAAAGACAUUUUUGAGAAAAAAAUGGAAGAGUACCGAACUGGAAUUUUUCACAAACAAAUAGUGUCUGGUCAUGAACGUAAGGGAUGUACUUUCUAUAGUAAACCAAGGUGCAUUCAUUUCAAGGAUUUUGAUGUUGGCCAAAUCUACAAAAAGAAGAUAGUUUUGAUAAAUGCAUCCUCCAGUGUUAAUUUCUGCAGACUAGUGGGAAUCAGUGAAUGGCUCAAGGACUUCAUCAGUGUUCAUUUUGACCCACCUGGCAAAAUGCCUGCUGGAAUGUCCUGUGAAAUGGUGGUAACCUUUAAACCAAUGAUAAAUGAACCUCUGGAAGGAGAAGUCAUGUUUAUGGCACAGACAGGUUCUUUUUCUGUUCCAUUGAAAUGUACAGCCAAGAGAUGCAUUCUGGCACUAGAUAAAGAGCUCAUUGACUUCGGCAGCCAUGUGGUGGGAGAGACAAUUUCACGCACCAUCAACUUGACAAACAGUGGAGCUUUGGGAACAAGAUUCAAAGUUCAGAUGUCAGCAGGUGACAAUAGAACACGCAGAGCAACAGCAAAAUCUUCUCCUGGAAGAGUGGUUACUCAACAUUUCAGCGACUGUGCCCCUGAAAAGAAAGUCAGCAAUAAUCCUGUGGCAUCUGUGGUAGAAAAGAAGGAACAAGUUUGUCCUGACCAUAGUGAAGAAGUGACCUGCUGUGUGGCUCAGGUGGAGCAGCAGAGGACUGAGACAAGCCUGAGCAGUAGAUCCACAGAACAACUUGGUCAAGACGUAUUAAAUUCCAGAUCAGAUCUAGACACAGACAAUGCACAUAAUUUAGUGGAACUUUCUCCUGAAGAAACACCAGUUGAAAUUAUGCUUGGAAAGGUUACUGAAGGUGAAAUUGGACCCUUCAGCUCAGUCAAGCUUCAGGUUAUAUUUGUCCCAGCUAUCCCUGGGGAUGUGCGGGCAGAGUUUGUGAUCAUGUUUGACCAUUCAGACUGCGAACCAUUGUGCUUUAGUGCCAUUGGAGUUUCGAUUGAUGUGCCGGUUUGGGUGCCCAAUCCCAAUGUUGAUUUAAAGAUCUGUAUGUAUGACCGACUUUAUCAGGAUUGUGUUGUUGUUCGAAGCAGAGCAAAAGUCGCAUUGCGUUUGAAGUUUGAAGUAUGCAAAGAAUUGAGUAAGCACGUGGAGCUACUUCCAAAAACAAGUUACAUUCAAGCUCAGUCAUCCUUCAGUGUGCAACUGAAGUUUCUGCCCAGGCACUCUCUUCCUGAAGAUGCAGGGAGAUAUUUUAAUGAAGAGACAGAAGUUCUGGAAGUUCCAAUGACAAUACUAAUUGUGGAAAAGGCUAAAAAAGUUAAUUUUACUGUCCAUGCAAUUGUUACUACUUCAGAUCUGGAAAUCAGUCCAGCACAAAUCAAUUUUGGAUACUGCACAAUCUAUGAAGCUGUACAGGCCAAUGUUGUGCUAACAAACAAAUCCAUCUUGCCACAAGAGUUUGGAUUUGUGGGGCUUCCAGAGUUUGUUGAAAUUCAACCUAAUGAUGGACUUGGAAUUCUUCUUCCCCUUGAAAGCCUGACACUGGACAUAAUCUUUAAAGCUAAUAAGGCAAAAGAAUACAGCUUUGAACUAACCUGCAAGUCAGAGAUUAACAGACAAUUCAAGCUGUCAUGCAAAGCAGUUGGAGUCCACCCACCUCUUGAAUUGUCUCAUUCCUUAGUUCAGUUUGCUGCAACAGCUUUAAAUGGUGUGUCUACAGCAACACUGUAUGUGAUGAAUACCCACGUGAGUGUCAACCACUUGACUCACACUGUCCCAAGAAUUGGCAAUGGGGAAGCUGCCCCCGUUGGACCCACUUCGUUUGAAUUCCAUGUGCCAGAGGACUGUCCAGUGACAAUUACCCCUUCUGUUGGAACUGUGUUGCCUGGGAAGAAAAGCUUGAUUCAAGUGUCCUUCAGACCAGCACUGUCGGAUCAGCUAAUCAGAGAAGAGGCAGAUCGGAGGCUUUGGAGAGCAGCUGCGACAGGGGCAGAAAUACAAAAAAGGAAGAAAGAUGAAAAAAAAGAGGGAAAGAAAUCAAACAUUUCCAUUACCAGGCAGCAGUCUUCCAAACAGCUUGUAGGGGAUGGAGGCAGUAAGCACCUGACCUCUCUGUGUAGUUCUGAACAACCAAACUCCAAGGAGUUAAAGCCCGAUUCUGAUGCUUAUAUGGCAGCCCAGGCUUUCCUGCUGAGGAAUUUCAGUGGGAGGUUUGAAAAAUACAUCAUACCAUGCUUUGUUGCAAGUGGCUGUAUCGAUGAAAUGAACGGCUCUGAAAACCUAAGCUGCAGCCCUUACAACACUUUGUAUCUGGAGUUGCACUGUCCAGCUGUAGCACCAUCUGUUGUGGUGACUUCAGAUAAUGGAGAAAACACAGUCAAUUUUGGUGAUGUUGCAGUAGGCCACAGAACAUUUAAGCGAAUUACAAUACAAAAUAUCGCCCCGGAGAAGAUGGAACUAGGAUUCUCAGUUCUGAAUCCCAAUGGUCCCUUCCUGUUGGUCAGACCAGUUGGAAUGCUUGAGCCAGGUGAAAGUAAAACCCUCAUCAUCUCUUUUUCUCCAAAUGAGAAUAAAUGGUUUUUUGGAGCGCUGGACAUCCGGACGGCAAAAACCAAUCUAACCCUCAGGAUCAGUGGUCACGGGGUGACACCAUCAAUUGUUUGCUCUGUGGAAGAAGUACUCGAUAUGGGAUACGUCAUAGCCAGAGAGAAGGUGACUUCCACGUUCAAGAUACAGAACACUUCCACGCUGACCCUGCGAUACUCCAUGCAACUAGAUUCACUUUCACCAACAAGGCACAAAGAUCAGCAGAGACUUCCAUCCUUUAUUACGUCCCCUUCGCAAAGAACAGAGUUUGUUGGAACACAGAACUACAAUGGCUUAAGUGUGUUCAGCAUCUUUCCAGCAGAAGGAGAAAUGGGUGCUGGAAAGAGUCAGGAUUUUACUGUUACUUUCAGUCCUGAUCAUGAAAGUCUGUACUAUUCUGACCGCCUCAAGGUUGUGCUCUUUGGCAAGCACACCGCCCGCGUGACGCGCCUGAAGGGCGCAGCCAGAGAGCACCUGAUGUUUGUGGAGGGGGGGGUUCCCCUCGACGUGCCUGUGGAGUCCCUGGCUGUGACGUCACCCGUGUCCGCGCGGGAAUUGCCAGCAGGAGAGCUGCAAGAACCAGUGAAGUCCAUUCUCCUCGUUCUGGAGUACAGCGAGGGGCAGAGUGCACCGGCGACGGCAGAACUGAUUGUUGGAGCAAUCCAGACAGCUCAGUUCGCAUCCAAGAAGGGCGCGGAGCAGUUCCGCCUGGCCGAGGCGCCGCAGCUGCUGCGGGCCGGGUUCGCGCUCGACGCCACCGCGGGGACGCCGGAGCGAGGCCGCACGCGCCGCAUCGCCGUCUGCUGGGCGCCCCCUGCCGGCCCGGGGGCUGAUGACCCUCUGCUUGUGACAAGCCUCCUGACCGUAAAAGGUGACAUUACAGAAUCCUACCGAAUCCUCUUCAUGGCAAGAGUUGUGUCUGAGUGAGGGAACCCAGCUGAAUGGCAGACGGAGGCUCGUGUUCCCGGGGAAUCAGUGGAGCUCAACUGAAACAUGGAAGGAAUUUGAGACUGGCAAAUAUGUGAGGGGAGCAAGGAAGUGGGAAGGAAGGUGACAUGUAAUAUUUCUGCUUUUUUGUCAAAAAAUUCCAUGUAAACUCUGGUUCCACUAGUUUCAUUUUCAAGCUGACUCUGACAGUAUUCUUGGGGUAGAGGAAAGAAUGAAAGAGGGGCCCAGGUAGAUACAUCUGCUGUUAAUCCCAGUGUCUUCCAAAGGUGGGCCUUCCCUCGGGAGUGAUGUCUCAUAUCUACAUGGGUGAGAUUCAAGCAACAUCUCUUUUGCUAAUUUCAGAUGCAUUUUAAUGGAUUUGGAAAAUCCUUGACUUUUUCCCUUUUAGAACCAGAAUAAAGCUUCUUAUUCAAGUCUCCUCCAAA